AUGUCGACAUUCACUGUACUCAUUUCUAUUGUUCUCUGUUGUGGUUUCGCCAGGAAUAUCGAAGGUGUAAAACUACUGAUUGGUCUUGGUGAUUCAUUCACCAGCGGUGGUGGCACCGGAUCCUAUCCUAAGGUUGCUGGUGAACUCCUAAAAUGGCAAGCACUGAAUUAUGCCAAAGGCGGAGCUAAAAUGAAUGGCAUACCUGCACAAUUAACAACAGCAGCACAAAAACUACAAAGUGCUACACAUAUUGUUUUCACAAUUGGUGGCAAUGAUCUUGGUGUAGCUGACAGCCUUUUACAAGUGGUGUUAAUGAACAAUUAUACAGCUGUUGCUACAAAAGCAGCCAGUCUGAAACCACGUUUGGUUGCUACGUAUAAGAUGAUUCAAGCUGCAGCUAAUCCUAACGCUAAACUCUAUGCUAUUCCCUAUGUUGAUUUUAUCUCAGUUGGCAAUAAGAUACCAAAUGAAGCUAAUUGUCAUCGAAUGAUGGAUGUUCUAACAGCCACAAUCAAGGAUGCUGCCUCAGAAGCCAAUAUUGGAUUUAUUGAUAGCAUUCAAACAGCAUUCAAAGGACAUGAAAUGUAUUCAUCUGAUCCAUAUGUUGAUGAUUUUUUUGCUAGUAAAAAUGCAGCGCAUCCAAAUGCAAAAGGCUAUGCUAAAAUCGGACAGUUGGUAGCUGCAUAUUUACAGUCACAAUAG